AUGUCUAAUUAUAGUCUGAUGCUUAAGUAUAUAAUCAUAGGAGAUACAGGUGUUGGAAAAUCCUGUAUAGUUUUACAAUUGAUUGAAAAUUAAAUUAGAUAAGAACAUGAUGCAACAAUAGGCGUUGAGUUUGGAGCUAAAAUUAUCAAAGUUAAUAGCAUGAACAUCAAACUUUAAAUAUGGGACACAGCAGGACAAGAAAAUUUUAGAUCGAUAAUCAGGAGCUAUUAUAGAUCAGCUAUCGGAGCUCUGCUUGUUUAUGAUAUAACGAAAAGAGAUUCGUUUCACAAUUUGUAGAGAUGGAUGGAAGAAAUUAAAAAUAAUGGAAAUGCAAAUAUGGUGAUUACAUUAUGUGGGAAUAAAGUUGAUUUAGAAUCCGAACGAGCAGUGACAUAUGAAGAAGGAUGGUAGUUUGCAUAAUAACAUUAAUUGAUAUUUCUAGAAACAUCAGCAAAAUAAGGAAUUAAUGUACAAUCUGCAUUUUAUUAAUCCACACAGAGAAUUUUGAAUUAAAUCGACGAUGGAACAAUAGUUCUUGGAUAAGAUCCAGGAAUUAAAAUCGGUGGUUAAUAUAAAAAAAAGGAGAAGGAUAUAAAAAGUAUCAACAAUUACGAAGCAGCUGUUCAAUUAAAGCCUGUAGAAACUCCAAAUGGUAUUAAUAACUGUUGUUGAUAUUUAUUCUUUAUUUUAUCUAUAUAUUAUUAUAAUAUAUUCC